UUGGUGUACGGUCACACUGACGUCGAAAGCGGCUUUUGCUUUGACAAUUUUUUCACCGAUUUUUCAAUUACCGUACGCAACGUGAACUGGCCGGCGCAGAAAGACCGGUAGACGACCCAUUACCCAUAUAGCAAAAUAGUGAAAUGAAUGUUCCUCCUAGCGUGGGCAAUGGAGGAGCGCCACCAGGAAGGGGCAUGGGCUACACGCCGUCAAAUGCCAUUGUGCCGCAGUUUCCGCCGCCCGGAUUCGCGGCCCCGCCUCCUCCAGAGCUGGCCGCCGCCUUUGGAGUGAUGGCCUCCAAUUCCGAGUGGACGGAACACAAGGCGCCGGACGGACGACCAUACUACUACAAUCAGACCACCAAACAGAGCUCGUGGGAGAAGCCGGAGGCCCUGAUGACGCCCGCCGAACAGCUGCACAACCAGUGCCCCUGGAAGGAGUACCGCUCCGACACAGGCAAGGUGUACUACCACAACGUGGCGACCAAAGAGACCUGCUGGGAGCCGCCGCCGGAAUACGUGGACAUGAAGGCCAAGGCGAAGGCUGAGGAAGCUGCAGCCGCCGCAAAGGCAGUGGCGGCCAUGACCUCAUCCAGCUUGGCAGGCAUGGUGCCACAUGCUGCACUGGCCAAUAUUCUGCCCGCCGCCCUGCCUGCUGCUCCCAGGAUACCUACGCCAGAGAUCCACUCGCCCCUGACGCCCAGCAGUAACGAAAACUCGUCAUCCGCUAUGGACCAGGCCAUGGCAGCUACUUUGGCGUCCAUUGAGGUGCCCCAACAGAAUACUAAAAAGGAUGACAAGUCUGACAGCGCUGUAGUCUUUAAGGACAAACGAGAGGCCAUAGAGUCGUUUAAGGAGCUACUUCGAGACCGCAACGUGCCCUCAAAUGCCAACUGGGAUCAAUGUGUUAAGAUCAUCUCAAAGGAUCCGCGCUAUGCCGCCUUUAAGAACCUUAACGAACGCAAGCAGACCUUCAAUGCCUACAAGACGCAGAAGAUCAAAGACGAACGCGAGGAGUCGCGGCUGAAGGCCAAGAAGGCGAAGGAGGACCUAGAGCAGUUUCUCAUGUCCAACGACAAGAUGAACUCGCAGAUGAAGUACUUUCGUUGCGAAGAGGUAUUUGCCGGAACACGAACAUGGACGGUGGUGCCGGAACCGGAUCGGCGUGAUAUAUACGAGGAUUGUAUAUUUAAUUUAGCUAAACGGGAAAAGGAAGAGGCGCGGUUGCUGAAGAAGAGGAACAUGAAGGUUCUGGGUGAGCUACUGGAGUCGAUGACAUCCAUUAACCAUGCUACCACAUGGUCAGAGGCUCAGGUCAUGCUGCUGGACAACGCGGCAUUUAAGAACGAUGUUACCCUGCUGGGAAUGGACAAGGAGGAUGCCCUUAUUGUUUUUGAGGAGCACAUUCGUACCCUGGAAAAGGAAGAAGAUGAGGAGCGCGAGCGGGAAAAGAAGCGGAUGAAGCGACAACAGCGAAAGAACAGGGACUCCUUUCUCGCACUCCUCGAUUCCCUACACGAAGAGGGAAAGCUCACCUCCAUGUCGCUGUGGGUAGAGCUUUAUCCGAUAAUAUCCGCCGAUUUGCGAUUCUCGGCCAUGCUCGGCCAAAACGGUUCAACACCUCUAGAUCUCUUUAAGUUCUAUGUGGAGAACCUAAAGGCUCGUUUCCAUGACGAGAAGAAAAUCAUUCGUGAGAUACUAAAGGAAAAAGUAUUUGUGGUCCAGGCUAAGACGUCCUUUGAAGACUUUGCCACGGUUGUGUGUGAGGAUAAGCGUUCGGCCAGCCUGGAUGCGGGCAAUGUAAAGCUAACCUACAACUCUUUGCUGGAGAAGGCGGAGGCCAUUGAAAAAGAGCGAAUGAAGGAAGAGGUGCGACGAUUAAGAAAGCUGGAGAAUGAGAUCAAGAACGAGUGGCUGGAGGUCAACGUUUCAGUGGCCGAGCCAUACGAGAGUGCCAAAAAACUGGUGGAGCACCUAGAAGCAUUUGCAUUGUACGAAAAGGAAAUCGGCGUUGAAAAAAUCUGGGAAGAUUUUAUAAAAGAGAGCGAAGAUGCUUGCGGCCAUCACCACUCGCGGUCACGCAAAUCGAAGAAAAACAAGAAGCAUAAAAAGCGAGUGAGGUCCACUUCCAGAUCGGACAUCGAGAAUGAACAGGUUGAAGUGGAGAAAUCGAAGCGAAGGCGCUCCAAGUCACGAUCGCAUUCCCUGAGCUCGAUCGGGAGCAUCGAAAGCGAAAAGUUGCUGAAGAAGAAAAAGAAGCGCAAGAACAAAUUGCGAGGUUCCUCCUGCGAAUCGGAAAUACCAGGAAACCAGUCGCCCGGCGCCCAGGCUCUCCUGCAGAAUGACUCCAACUCGCAUUCACCGGCCAAGAAAAAGAAAAAGGAGAAGAGAACAAAGAAGGACAAGGAAGGCAAGCGACACAACAGACACAACCGCUCCGGCACGCCCCUCAGUCCCGCCCAGUCUAUAGAGUCAGCAGGAUCACGAAACGAGGAGCUGACGUUAAGUGACGGCGAGCUGGAAUCGAAGCGAGCAGCCCUGCUGGCGCAACUAAGCGAACAGUUGGACGAGUGACCAGUGGGUGGGCGCUGAGUCUAAGCCGACAUAGACAGCGUGCGGCGUAAUCUAGCUCCAGCUAAAUGCGGUUUACGAGAAGCAGCUGGCCUUGGACUUAGUAGCUGGACAGGUUCACACAAGUCCUUGUCUUCUACUGCACUCCGCAUUAUUUAGUUAAGAUGUAGUCCUGGCCACCAGCACAAGCCACACAGCAAACCCUUAAUGUAAUUUCUUAGUCGCAAUAAGUUUCAAUGUAAAAAUGAAUUAAAGCUAACAAGUCAAGUUUUAAGUUGGACGCAAAAGAUUUUGAGUCUCUUCAUCAAAAUAAAUGAAAAAUAACAUAA